GAGUGCACCGAGCCAGAAGCAGCGAGACAGCUGAGACGAGCAAACAGGAGAGCACAAGAAGCAACACAGCAGCGCUGACCAUCCACUGAUCCAAGAUGCUUUGCUCACGCACAUUUCAGCCUCCGUUCAACCCACUGAUGGACUUCCACUGGCCGGUGCGCAGUCUUUGGCCUGAGACGAGACCUCUGUUCUUCCAGAUCGAACAAGAGAUGAUGAGGCACAUGCAGGAGAUGCGACACAACCUGGAGUUCAUGGAGCGCCUCCACAGAAGGAUCUUCGAUGAGAUCGACAUUACCUCGCCUUCAGCUGUGUUCAAACCCAUCUCAUUCCAGCUGGGCAAAGAAAAUAACCGCUUCUCAGUAACCCUGGACACAAAAGAUUUCUCCCCUGAGGAACUUUCCGUCAAACAAGUGGGCAAGAAGCUGCGUGUGAGCGGAAAGUCCGAGAAGAAGCAGGAUGAUGGGAAAGGGUCAUACUCUUACAGAUGCCAAGAAUUCCGGCAGGAGUUUGACCUUCCCGAUAGCGUUGACCCUGAGGCAGUAACCUGCUCUUUAAAUGAUGGCCAGCUCCAGAUCCAGGCACCUAAGGAGACCUCUGCUGGGUCAAAUGAGAGAGUGAUUCCAAUUACAUAUACUCCUGCUGUGAACAGCCCUACACCUCAGAGUCCAGAUUCACAGAUCCAGCCAGCCAAGGAAGAUUCCUCUAAGAGUGGAGAUCAGUCACAAUAAUGUACUAAGCUGAUGAAUGACCAUGAACUUUAGAGAACUAAUUUAUUAACUGUUAUAUAGAUUUUUUUUGAGACUGUGUCCUUCUCUAUGCUGCCAUACAAACAUGAUAAUUUAAUGUUCACAUAAACGAUUUUGUUUAGUUUGGACUGUAGGGAAAUACCUGUGUUAAAAAAUUUCACUGGAAUAACUGGCUUAUUCAUGUUGUAAAAUAUUAAAGUAGUUUUUCAUCAAA